AUGCUAAACGGGGGACGAAGUCCCCCGCAAACCGCAAACUCUAGUUUUUAUACAAAACGCGUUAAGAUACGAAACUAUUGUCAAACGAAUAAUAGAAUAGUAGAGGUUGAUCAAGAUGGUAAUGAAGAUGGAAUUACACCUUAUUCUCCUCAAACAAGGAAAGAAUUAUCGAUUGAUUAUAAAGAUCCCAAACAACUUGACAGUAAUUUGUCAAUAGAGAAAGCAUCUAAGAAACAAUUAGAACAAAUUCAUACAAAAGCAAAGAAAGAAUUCGAAAAUAAAGUAAAGUCCUAUACACAACGUUAUGAAGAACUUGCAUUUGCAAAAACAACUAUGGAGCAAGAAUUCCUAGAAAGUGUAAUAAAAACUUAUAAACAUCGUAAUGAAGAAUUUGCAUUGCAAAAACGAAAUAUGGAGCAAGAAUUUGAUAAAGAGAAACGAAUUAUUGAGCAGGAAUUUGUUAAAGAGAAAGAAAUUACGAGAGGAAUAUCGAUAAUUUAG